UUGACGUCAUCACAUGGCGCCCGAAGACCGGAAGUUCCGCUCUUUAACGGAAGUCACCUCUCAGAAAAAUUAGCGGUAUUGGAGUCUUGGACGAAAUUUCGCAGUGCUGGUAGAGUCAAGAAGACUUCGUAUUGUCAUAUUAGCAGGAUGAGCGGGACGGAACCGCCACCGCAGGACCUACAGCCUACGGGGGUUCCAGCGCAGCCCGGUCCCGCCACCGAGAACAAGCCGAGCCCGGCUAAUAUCCCGAAACCGGGUCUUGGGGCCACACCAGGUGUGCCAGGGAGAGACCCUGGCGAGAGAAGGGCCAGCGUGCCUAUUUCUGCUGCUGGAGCUGCUGCACCCUCUGAAGGAUCACUCUCUAAUGGUGUUUACCUGCCACCUGGUGUGGCAAAUGGAGACAUUAAGCCUGUGAUUUCUACAACUCCUUUAGUGGAUUUCCUGAUGCAGUUGGAAGACUACACACCCACGAUCCCAGACGCUGUGACGGGGUAUUACCUAAACCGAGCUGGCUUUGAGGCCUCAGACCCACGCAUAAUCCGACUGAUCUCCUUAGCUGCCCAGAAGUUCAUCUCGGAUAUUGCAAAUGAUGCUCUGCAGCACUGUAAGAUGAAGGGCACAGCGUCUGGAAGCUCGCGCAACAAAAGCAAGGAUAAAAAGUAUACGCUAACGAUGGAGGAUCUCACCCCAGCACUUGCUGAAUAUGGCAUCAACGUAAAGAAGCCGCAUUAUUUCACCUAGAGGCUCCACUGCAAACUGAUCUCUGAUGAACUGUUUUAUAGAAAAUCAGAUUCCUGUGGGAGCAAAUUUACUGUGUAUAGAGGUGUAAAAUGUUGUGCUUUUGCUGCUCCCAGCGCCACGAACUGCACAGAUCUGUUAGGGUGACCGUCAAAGGAAAAAGAGAGUGAAGAAAGAAUGUUUUGAUAGCGUUAAGAAGAAGAAAAAAACCUGUUAUGUUUAGUUCCCGUCUUUGUAAAAGUGUUCCUGUCUGCUUGUGCUGCUGUAAAGAUUCAGAUGCUUUAAAUCAGUCUGUAGCUUAUUUCUGUUGUGUAGAUUUUUUUUUUUAUUUUGCUGAGUGAACGUUGUAAACUUGCAACUGCCAAAGCCUUCUGACUGCAUAGGAAAAUGUGUAAAUAGCUCACUUAUAUUCAGUGUGAGAAAUAAAUUGUACAAUUGUG